AUGCUGGAAGCUGGCUCUUCUGAAACCUGAUUGGUUGGUUGCUCGUGGGACAGUUCUAGAAGCUGUGCGGCAUCUUUUGCUUCGCUUUCAGCUGCUGCGGUACCGUCAGUUCAUCCGCAGCGUUAUUCAGGAGCCAUGUCCAAAGGAGCAGCUGUUGGUAUUGAUCUCGGGACCACCUACUCCUGUGUGGGUGUGUUCCAGCAUUGCAAAGUUGAAAUCAUUGCUAAUGACCAGGGCAACAGGACCACACCCAGCUACGUGGCCUUCACAGAUACUGAGAGGCUUAUUGGAGAUGCAGCCAAGAAUCAGGUUGCCAUGAACCCCACCAACACCGUCUUUGAUGCAAAACGUUUAAUUGGCAGAAGGUAUGAGGACCCAGUGGUUCAGUCAGACAUGAAACAUUGGCCCUUCAGUGUCAUCAGUGACAGUGGACGCCCAAAAGUGAAAGUUGAGCACAAAGGUGAGACUAAGACAUUCUACCCAGAAGAAAUUUCCUCCAUGGUACUGACAAAGAUGAAGGAAAUCGCUGAAGCUUAUCUUGGGAAGUCUGUGUCAAAUGCAGUUAUCACAGUUCCUGCAUACUUCAAUGACUCUCAGCGUCAGGCAACUAAGGACGCUGGGACUAUCUCUGGUCUAAAUGUUCUGAGAAUUAUUAAUGAGCCCACCGCUGCAGCAAUUGCUUACGGCUUGGACAAGAAGGUUGGGUCUGAGCGGAACGUUCUCAUUUUUGAUCUUGGUGGUGGAACAUUUGAUGUGUCCAUUUUGACCAUUGAGGAUGGAAUUUUUGAGGUCAAGUCUACAGCUGGAGAUACUCAUCUUGGUGGGGAAGACUUUGACAACCGCAUGGUCAACCACUUCAUCACUGAGUUUAAACGCAAAUACAAGAAGGACAUCAGUGACAACAAAAGAGCUGUCCGUCGUCUCCGCACUGCAUGUGAGAGGGCAAAGCGUACCCUGUCCUCAAGCACCCAGGCCAGUAUUGAAAUCGACUCUCUGUAUGAGGGAGUUGACUUCUACACCUCCAUCACCAGGGCUCGCUUUGAAGAGCUCAACGCUGACCUGUUCCGUGGCACCUUGGACCCCGUGGAGAAGUCACUCCGUGACGCAAAGAUGGAUAAAGGGCAGAUUCAUGACAUCGUCUUGGUUGGAGGUUCCACCCGUAUCCCCAAGAUCCAGAAGCUUCUGCAGGACUUCUUCAACGGAAAGGAGCUCAACAAAAGCAUUAACCCUGAUGAGGCUGUGGCUUAUGGUGCUGCUGUCCAAGCUGCCAUACUGUGUGGUGACAAGUCUGAAAAUGUCCAGGACUUGCUCCUUCUGGAUGUCACCCCUCUCUCCUUGGGUAUUGAGACAGCUGGAGGUGUCAUGACUGUCCUCAUCAAGCGUAAUACCACCAUUCCCACCAAACAGACGCAGACCUUCACCACCUACUCUGACAACCAGCCAGGUGUUCUCAUCCAGGUUUAUGAGGGUGAGCGUGCCAUGACGAAGGACAACAACUUGCUGGGCAAGUUUGAGCUGACCGGUAUCCCUCCUGCCCCUCGUGGCGUUCCACAGAUUGAGGUGACCUUUGACAUUGACGCCAAUGGUAUCCUUAAUGUCUCUGCUGUUGAUAAGAGCACCGGCAAAGAGAACAAGAUUACCAUCACAAAUGACAAGGGUCGUCUAAGCAAGGAGGAUAUUGAACGCAUGGUCCAAGAAGCUGAGAAGUACAAGGCUGAAGAUGAUGUCCAACGUGACAAGGUGUCUGCAAAGAAUGGUUUGGAAUCAUAUGCUUUCAACAUGAAGUCUACCGUGGAGGAUGAGAAACUUGCCGGCAAGAUCAGUGAUGAUGACAAGCAGAAGAUUUUAGACAAGUGCAACGAGGUCAUCAGCUGGCUUGACAAAAACCAGACUGCAGAGAAGGAUGAAUACGAACAUCAGCAGCAGGAGCUGGAGAAGGUGUGCAAACCAAUCAUCACUCAGCUGUACCAGAGUGCUGGUGGAAUGCCCGGCGGAAUGCCCAGUGGAUUCCCUGGAGCCGGUGGUACUCCUUCUGGUGGAGGAUCAUCCGGACCAACCAUUGAGGAAGUCGAUUAACCGCAAUGUUCUUUAAUAUCACUGACAAGAGCAUGAAUGUUC